AUGUCCGAUUUCUUCCGUGCGUUUAACAAGAUCUUGGGACAACGGCAGCGGGCGACGAUGGAAUACCGUCCGCAGGCUAACGGUACUGAUGCGAGAAUGGUGCAGACCGCAAACAGAGCGGUCAAGAUGUACGUCCGCGAUCUUGAUCAGAAGGCAUGGGACGAAUAUGCUGAGAGCCUCACCUUCGCGAUCAACACGGCUCACGAUCGGAUCCGAGGAGAUACCCCUCACUAUUUGGUACAUGGGUGGGAUCCGAGAUCAACCCUGGAGGCUACACUGCCGGUCGGAUGUACGAGACGACGAGAUCGAGAUGCGCGGCGGUGGCGUUAUCGAGUUCAACGAUACUACCAACAAUCCCGAGAACAAGUCAACGCUAGAUUGAAGGAGACCAUCUCAGAUCAAGCAGAACGACACAACGAGGACGCAGGAUCACAUCAGAUCGAGGGUGGAUCUCGAGUCUGGUUGUACCUACAUCGAGUGAAGGAAGGAUACGCGCGGAAAUUGGCUCACCUAUGGCACGGGCCGUUCCGGAUCGCCGAAAAGAUCAACGAAUUCAGCGUCAAGCUCGAGAUCGCAGGUACAGGGUACCAGAUCUUCCCAGUGGUACACGUGUCAAAGCUGAAAUUGGUCAAGGACUUUCCAGAUCGACCACGGGUGGAACGCACGGUUGAUGAGGCGGAUCGUCUCGAGGACAGCUGGGUCCCAGAUCUAGGGGCCGAUGAGUAUGAAGUCGAGCGAAUUUCGGAUGUGCGGAGUGGAAAGAAGACACGAUUUGGUCUGAUCUAUCGGGAAUUCCUGGUCCAUUGGACAGGAUACGAUGAACCAACAUGGGUCGACGAAGCCGAUCUCAACUGCGGGGCAAUAUUGAACGCCUUCCUGCGAGAACGGGCCAAUCAAAAUCGCUUCAAUGGGAUACAAUCACAUGAAGAGAUGUAA